AUGCAAUUGGUGCUGCCCAAGUCAAUAAUAUUUACUGUCGUCGAUAAGUUGAGAUUGUCGUCCGGAAAAUAUUUCAAAAUGAGUGCUGUGAGUUUUACCGUGGGACGCAAAAAUUGUUCCACGGCGGGCGUGGACGUAUCUAAAAUGUGUGCCGCACACCAAGCCAUCGAUAAGCAUGUUAAAGACGGCAUGAUACUGGGCAUUGGUAGCGGCUCGACGAUUGUAUACAGUGUUCAACGAUUGGCAAAAAGAAUGAAAGACGAGAAUUUAUCUGUCGUUUGUGUGCCAACGUCUUAUCAGGCACGUCAGCUGAUUAUCGAUUACAAACUAACAUUGGGAAACUUAGACACACAUCCUAAAAUAGAUUGUACAAUUGAUGGAGCAGAUGAGAUUGAAAAGGGCACUUUGACAUGCAUAAAAGGAGGAGGAGGAUGUUUGACACAAGAAAAAAUUGUGGCAUCGUGUUCUGAAAAAUUAAUAAUUGUUGCCGAUGGAGCUAAAGAGGUGAACCAUUUGGGUCAAAAAUGGAAGAAAGGUAUACCUAUUGAGGUAAUACCUAUGUCAUGUAAACCGAUUCAGCAAAAAAUAGAAGGAAAAUAUGGAGGUGAAGCCAUUUUGAGGAUGUCUGCUGAUAAAGCAGGACCAUUGGUUACAGACAACGGUAACUUCUUAUUGGAUUGGGUUUUUCCUGAAACAAAAUAUUGUUGGUCAUCCGUCCACAAUUAUUUAAAACUAAUCCCAGGAGUGGUUGAGACUGGAUUAUUCAUUGAUAUGACAGAUGAAUGCUUGGUCGGCGACUCACAAGGAAAUGUACGACUACUGAAGAAGACUGAACAGACGUUGGAGUUGUAG